UCCGACGAGACCAUGACGCCAGCUGGUGCGUGUCAGCGUGUGCGCUGCCUGCGCACGGGAGAGGGCGGUGGUGGAUUUCCAAUUCCAAAUCUCCCAUCCCGAGCCGUGCCCCUCGCUUUCUCCGAAAAGAGGGAGCGCGCCCGUCUCACUUUUUACAUCUUCACUUCACUUGGCUCUACUAGCUGUGAGUUUCCCCUCUCCUGAUCCCUCCUCCCCUCCCUCCCUCCAGUCUCCACUCCUCCGGUUCCGAAUCCCCACUCCGCCUGCACUGCGCCGCGCCGAGCGGACCGCCACCACCGAAACCCUAGAGCGAAGCAGCGAUGCACAGUCCGGUCCCGCUCCUCCUCCUGCUCCUCUGCACGGCCGCGGCGGCCUCCGACCACGGCUCCCAGUCCCAGGCGCAGGCACCGGGGGCGGCGCGGCUUGGGCUGGUGCCGGUGGCCCCCGCGGAGGCGGAGCUCGGCACCAUGGCGCUCGCCCUCAACGACACGCGGCGCCGGCUCGGGGGGAGCUUCCAGCUCUGCGCGCCCUGCACCUGCUGCGGCGGGGCCAGCGGCUCCUGCGUCCUCGCGCCCUGCUGCUACUCCAUCAACUGCAACAUCCCCAACCGCCCCUUCGGGUACUGCUCCUUCACGCCCAAGUCCUGCGAGUGCAUCGGAUGCAACCUCUGAGCUCCACGGCGGCCGCGGGAUUCAUUCAAUUUCAAUUGAUUUGGUCACGGUAAGAGUGUGUGUGUGUGUGUGUGUGAGAGAGAGAGAGAGAGAGAGAGAGAGAGAGAGAGAGAGAGUGGGGUAGUAACGAAUCUGUAUAAAUUCCCCACCUGCUUAGUUAAGUGGCAACCGCUAUUACUUCUAGCUAGUACUUAGUAGUAUUUUGCUGUGAUCACUGUGUUACGUGUAGCUUUCUACAUUCGAUUUAGUUGAGAAAAAAGGAAAGGGGGCUGGGUUGAUUCAGAGGUCACUGCUCUGGGGUUUUGUUUUUCUGUCGCCACAUAUUGGAUGUCUGAUUAGGAUGCUACUUGUUCAUAGUGGUUUGUUGAUAGCUGGAAUAAAUAUAUCUGUUUAGGUGCAUGGAUUUAGUGCCUUUUUAGUGGAUGCCAUCUCGCUCUUCCAUCCUGAUCGUGCCCUGUAAUGUGAUAGCUCGUUCGUCAUCAUGUCAACCCUUUUCUGA